AUGAAAGGCCUCUGUCCAGUUGUAGACGCAAGUAGGCUGAUUCUGAUGAUGUUUAUCAGUUGCACUGCUUCAAAAUUGUUUAUAUUUGUAUUUCAAGCUCUGAGUAGGAUGGCCCAUCAAAGCGAACUGUCUUCUAAGGAAAUUUUUGCUCUGGAAGAUCGAUAUGGAUGUCGCAACUACGCUCCGUUAACCGUUGCUCUAAGUCGAGGUGAAGGUGUAUUCGUUUGGGAUGUAGAAGGCAAGAAGUAUUUUGACUUUUUAAGUGCAUAUUCAGCAGUAAACCAGGGACAUUGUCACCCAAGGAUAAUCAAAGCUCUUAAGGAACAAGCUGAUAAAUUAACAUUGGUUUCAAGGGCGUUUUAUUCGGACCAGCUGGGUAAAUAUGAGAAAUUCAUGACGGAACUUCUAGGAUAUGACAGACUUUUACCUAUGAACACUGGCGUAGAAGGUGGAGAGAGCGCGUGCAAGAUUGCGAGGAAAUGGGGUUAUGACGUCAAGAAGAUACCAAAAAACCAGGCAAAGAUAAUCUUCGCAGAAGGUAACUUUUGGGGUCGCACCUUGUCUGCAGUGUCGUCGUCGUCGGACCCCACCUGCUUCGAUGGCUUCGGUCCCUAUAUGCCUUGCUUCGAACUAGUUCCGUAUAAUAACAUCACAGCGUUAGAGAAAGCUCUUCAAGAUCCAAACGUAGCCGCUUUCAUGGUAGAGCCUAUACAAGGUGAGGCGGGAGUCUUAAUCCCUGACGACGGCUACUUGAAGAAAGUCCGAGAACUUUGUACCAAAUAUAAUGUGCUGUGGAUAGCGGAUGAAGUGCAGACUGGUUUAGGCAGAACGGGCAAGUUGUUGGCAGUAGAGCACGAAGGUGUAAAGCCAGACAUACUUAUUCUUGGUAAAGCGUUGAGCGGCGGCGUCCUGCCCGUGUCGGCGGUGUUGGCUAAUAACAACGUCAUGGAUGUCAUUACACCGGGCACUCACGGUUCAACAUACGGCGGCAACCCGCUCGCGUGCGCCGUCGCCACAGAGGCCAUUAAGGUUUUAUUGGAAGAGAAAUUAUCCGAAAAUGCAGCAAGGUUGGGCAAAAUUUUCCGUGAAGAGUUAGAAAAGAUUCCCAAGUCCAAAGUGAAAACAAUCCGUGGAAGGGGACUUAUGUUCGCUAUUGAUGUACACAACAGUAUUCCCGCGUACGAAGUAUGUCUGAAACUCAAAGAAGAAGGUUUACUUGCGAAACCAACCCACGGGCAAACCAUCCGUCUGGCGCCACCUCUCGUCAUUACGGAAGAACAGUUGAGAAUGGGCGCGAAAAUCAUCCAAAAAGUAUUCCAAUCUUAC